UUCACCAAAUUACUUCACAAAAUCCCAAGUCCACAUUAUUCUUCCAUUCUGAAGAACAGAAAUGGGGAUCAAACUCUCCAUUUCCUUCCUCCUCUUCCUCUUCUUCAACCUCUCUUCUCUUCUCAACACUCUUGCUUGUGACUGUGGCAAAUCCCCUUCUUACCCUCCUUCCCCUAAACCCAAACAUCCACCGCACAAACCGCCGCAUUACCCGCCUAAACCCCCAAAUCCCAAAUCCCCUCCUCCCUACAAACCCCCACCGUCAAACCACCUCCCCCCUACGUCCCAAAAUCCACCCACCGUAAAACCGCCACCCCCAUACAUCCCAAAACCACCUACCGCAAAACCGCCUCCCCCAUACAUCCCAAAACCACCUCCCCCAUACGUCCAACCCCCAGUGGCUAAACCCCCACCACCACCGUCGCCACCGCCACCGGUGGUGUACCCAUCGCCGCCUCCGCCGCCAGUGUAUGUGCCGGUACCUAGUCCGCCACCGCCAGUGAAGCCAGCGCCGGUGGUGCCAUCGCCGGAGACGCCGUGCCCGCCGCCGCCGCCGAAGCCGGGGAAAUGCCCCAUUGACACACUGAAGCUGGGAGCGUGUGUGGAUUUGUUGGGUGGGUUGAUCCAUAUCGGAAUCGGCGAUCAGACGAAACAAACUUGCUGCCCUGUUCUUGAAGGGCUGGUGGAUUUGGAUGCGGCGCUUUGUUUGUGUACCACCAUUAAGGCUAAGCUUCUUAAUAUCAAUAUCAUCAUCCCCAUUGCCCUUCAAGUCCUCAUCGACUGUGGCAAACACCCUCCCUCUGAUUUCCAAUGCCCUUCUUACUAAGCCAAUCCUUUCAGGAGUCACGGGCGCAGUUGUAGCAAUUACAUAAUAAAAUAAUAAUAUUAUUGGAAAUUGGCAAGUGACAAGCAGACAAAGGACAAGACUACUCUUUUUCUUUUUUCUUUUUUUCUUUUUCUUUUUUUGUGAUGAAUUUUAUUUUUGGUUCUUAGAACGUGAAAUGUUUGGUAUUUUGUUGUUAAUUUUGAGUUUGAGGUUGUGUAGUAUUAAAUAUCAACUAUGUACUGUGCCAUUAAAUGUGACUAUUAAUGUUCAUUAAUCA